UAUUUCGUCUGCGAAUUUCUAAUUACACGUGUCUGCUAGGAGAGAUAUUUGCGUUUGUUCUUUAAACGGCGUACUAUCUUAUCUACCAAACUAUAAAUAUGAAUUCAUUCUAAGAAGCUGUUCAUCAGAUGAUAACCUGCUUUAGAUGGAUUCCAGCGUCAAUACAGUAGAGAGGAAGAAAUUCCGAACCCUUGCUAUUUAUUUAUCGUUUUUUGUGCUGGGAGUGUGUGCCGGUUUGUUCGGUCCAGCCUUACUUGAUUUUCAAAUAAUGUUAAAUACAGAUACCCAAAGAAUUUCAAUCGGAAUUUCUUUUCAUGCUUUCGGCUAUUUAGUUGGCAGUUUCCUUUGUUCUGUACUUUAUGACAGAGUAAGUAACGAAUUUUGGUUUGCCGUGGCAAAUUUAGGAAUUGGAGCAACUAUAGCUGCAGUACCCGCCUCUCCGAAUUUAGGUUUAUUUAUAUUCUUUAAUACUCUAUCAGGUAUAUUUAUGGGUGCAGUUGAUAGUGGAGGACAGUCAUAUAUUGUCUAUGUAUGGAAAGGUUCGAAGCUGGUAAAACCACUUCUUCAGACAGCCCAUGCUGUUUGGUCAUUAGGAGCUGCAAUAGGUCCCUUUAUCGCUAAGCCUUUUCUACUUAAAGAAUUGCCUAAAGACAUAAAUGCUUAUGAAAUUGGCGAUAAUACAACAUCAGAAACUGUAACCAAAGGGUUUAAUGCAUCAAAUGAAGAUAUCCGAGUACAUUACGCAGGAAUUAUUGCAGGCAUCAUAGCCGUUCCAUCAAUUUUAAUGUUUACCAUACUGUUUUUUCUAUUAAAAUCUACCAUUUUCACGAAAGCAACAAGUACUGUUGACGACCCUUCUAACAGAGAAUGUAAUAAAAACAUUAAAAUGUUAAACAAGAAGAAGCGAAUAGCCUUUUUAGUUAUUCUCGUUAUGUUUUACUUUUGGUUACUUGUUACUGAAGAUACACCUGGCCACUUUUUAGCAACUUUUGUAAUCAAGGGUCUACAUUGGGAUAAGAGUGACGGUCCUUUAAUAACAUCUGUACUUUGGGGCGCUCAUUCAGUCGGGAGGUUUUUGGCUGUUCCAAUAUCCAUUUUCCUACGCCCUAAAACAAUGAUUAUUAUUACUACUGUUUUGACAUUUUUAUCAAUGUUAACCUCUGCCAUAUUAUGCAAAUACCACCCAAUGGUUAUGUGGAUAAGCACGGCUGUUUUCGGGCUAGGAAUGAGUAGUACAUACGCUUCAGUUGUUCUCAGAGCUUCGGAAGUAAUAGAAAUGAAUGGCAUUGCUGCUGGGAUAUUAUCAAUCGGUAGUUCACUUGGAAAUAUAAUAGGUCCAUCCGUGGUAGGAGUUCUUUUUGACUCAGUCUCUCCUUUUUCAGUCCUAUACGCAUCUCUUCUUGGGGCUUUAAUGUGUAUAUUAAUGUAUAUAGUCUUUGAAGUAAUGGUAAGAUAUUUUGAAAAAUCUAAGACACUUGCAACACCAAAUGUGGAAAAAAUUUUAAUUGAAGAACCACAAAAUAAAGCUACGGAAGAUCCCAACGAGACAAAUUCAAUACUUCUAACUAAAAUGUAA